CUUAUUUUGAAAUUCAAAAUCCGAGUGCUUCCUGUUGUUAAGCCGUUGACUUCACAUCAUAUCCACUAAGUAGCCUGUCUACCGGCCCGCACUGAGCUUACUGAUGUUUCAGUCCACUGCAGGUGGUCAGACAAAUAAAAAAAUCAUAAUCUAACAUCACUCCUUCACUUAUGGAUCUAUAACCAGACGGUUAUCUUCAAUCCGGCAUGCGUUCAUCUCGGUAAGACUGUCUUUUCUCCAAACUCUUGUUGCAUUCCUGUAUUUAAAGAGUUAAAACGAGCAUAGUGAUGCUCUCUAAUCCUCUGUUUUGUAUCCGAGUUGUUUCUGUUUUCAAGUCAUGGUGUCAUCUUUAGGGCUACCUAUUUAAGGGUCCAUUAUGCAUAAUCAAUCUAUAUGUUUCUACGUGUGUGUGUAAUGACACCUGUUGAUGUGAUUAGAGGCUUGAAUAAGGGAUUUAACAUGCACAGAGAGGAGUAAGAGGACUAUUAGCAUUAUGGGACACAUGAUAUAAUCUCCUUAUUGCUGUCUUUUCUUGUUCUGCAAACUGAACCAACAACUCUUAAAGGCACUAUAAGGAGUGUUUUUUUUAACUGGUUGGGAAACAGACUCAAACUAAUACCAAUGCUUCUGUAAGGCUUUCAGAAAUAGUAUAAUUUAUAAUAAUGAUUAUUUUAAAUGCUGAAAACGCAGUGAGGGUGUGGAUGACAAAACCAGAUAAUUUACAGGAACUUUUUAUUUAGCAAAUACUCACAGUGAGUGCUACACUUCAUUGUUGACAUUGAUGUAUGAGACGAUAAUAAACAGAUAUCCCUUUGAACCAAAAGUUACUCACAGCAGCUUUAAUGUGUAAACUAUCCUCCGUUUACUCAAAAGCAAAGAGGGUGUGAUAUAUUGAACAGUAUCUAAAUUAUGCACCUGAUUAGAAAGACAAAAAUAAGGCUAUGGUCACACUGCAGAUAAAUUCCGAUUUUUUUAACCAAAUGUGACACAUAUCUGAUUUUUUCAUCGAAGUGUGAACAGUGCAAUUCUGAUUUUUUCAAAUCCGACCCAGGCCUCUUUUGAUAUAAAUUGGAUAUGUAUCUGUGACUGCAGUGUGGACACUUUGGCACAUUCAUCCGACCUCUACGUCAUCAAUAUGCGACAAACGUCACCAUUGUUCGACAACACAAACAGGUGCGGAAAGCAAUUUGUGCACUUCACAGACGCAUUCCGUUCACAUUAGACGGUGCAUUCGUUGUUGUAAUGUGAACGACCGCACAAAAAGAUCGGAUUUAACAAAAAAUCCAAAUUGUGCAUCAUAACCUGCAGUAUGAACGUAGCCUAAUUCAUCAUGGUAAUGAAAUCAAUCAACUCACCUUAAAGCUCCUGUGAGUAACUUUCAACUGAUGUUUAUUUGGCGCGCCCUGUGGACAGAUAACACCUCAUAUAUCUUUGAUGACUUCAUCCUGGACAUUAGUGAGUCCUAUUACCUGAAAAAAGAAGAUAUUCUGCUUUUUUUUUUUUAACAGUCAGUUAUUGUAAAAGGUUAACUUCACUAUGUGUAAACAGCCACCUUGACACAUACCCCUUAAAACUUAACUACAGGCAUUCCAGUCACUUUAUUUACAAUCUUUUCUCCUUUAGUGGGUCACAAGGAGGCAUCACUGUUAAGGUCCUUACACACCGGGGCCGAUGCGAAUAUAGAACGCGAAAUUACAAAAUAUUCAGAGGCGAAUUUUGAUGCGCUCAACUAUACACAUCAAGCCCGGUGCGAUUUUGCGACUUUCCGGGGGGAAAAAGACGCAUCCCGGGGAAGACCCGCCUCCUUUGCCCCUGAUUGGCUAGAAAAGCUGUAAACGUCAUCACACGCUCAAGCCAAACAGUCAGCACUUAUAGCCAAUCAGAGGCAAAAAGGAGGGCAGGACCUUCCCUCACCAUCCUACAGCAUUCUACAGUUCUGAUUAGUCACUAGUGUUGAGAUGGCUUUCUGUCAUGAUAGCAUGUACUGAGUCGGGGCCAGUACCAGAUAAGCACAUGAAACUAUGGUAACAACUGUUAGCUAACGUUAGCACAGAUGAAAGUUAAAACAAAGGCGUUUAGCAAACUGUUACAAGCACACAAACCAUCUUCAUAUGAGAAAUCCGACGCUACAAGUUGUCCUUCAGGUCGUUAUCUUUGUAAUAUUUGUGUCUUUUAUCAAAAAGCACUCUGUUCUCCGACACAUAAACAAUCAGCUGGUCAGAUAUGUCGGAUAUACCGGUGAAUCAGACAUCGCAACAACACGAAAUCUGAUUGAUCAGAAGUGGACACACAGUAUGCGAAACUUUAGAAAAUUCUACCGUGAUCCGAAAAAAUAAAUGCCGCAAUAUCGCAGGAUGGGAAAAUGUCGCUGAUGUGAACGCUUGUAUUGCCAGGAUACGGGUUCGAAAAAAAUAUUGUGUGAAAGGACCUUAACCUUCAGUCACUUUGUAAAAACUUUGAACAGGAGCUUUAAAUCAACUCUUUACAUAAAUUAGGAGUUCCUUGGAAAGACAAUAAUUCUCUUGAAUAAACUGUAAAAUAUGGUUCUUAUUCCGUACUGAAGCAUAAGACUCACAUUUACUUUAUAAAGUAUUAAAAUUAUACAAAAAGCAACAGUUAAUGCUAGCUUUAGAACUUUUAUGACUUCAAUAUUUCCCUCAUUAUCUAUCAGCUAUCGAUCCACCUGCUCUCACAAUGAUCCACAGUGUCAGUAUUCACCAUUGAAAAGGCCCAACACUCUAACUCCACCUGCAGGUGAUUCAACUGUUUCACAUUUGCCUUUACUUUAGCCGUCCAAAAAUAAAACCUUACAACACCUCUGCACCUAAAUCAUUACGCAGCUAUUUGUGUUCAAUGAGAAUGUUUGACACACAGUUUUGUUCAAUGCAAAAGGGGUCAGAGAUUAAAUUAUGUGUAUAGACGACUAACUUGUAAAGAGCUCUCUGCCAUUGAUUUUUAAUACAACCAGCAUGGAUUGACACACUUUAAUCAGAGCAGUUGGUGUUUCAGUAAUGUUUUCAACAGAAGAGGCCCCCUGCUGACUGACAGAUUGUCUUUAAUUAAAAUCCUCCCCGACAUGAGUGUAUGUGUGCGCAUUGAGAAGAAAACAUAGAGGGAGAUAAUAGAGAGCAUAGAGAGGAAGAGCAAAGCUGAUUUUAAAGUGAAACCUUCACACAAGUUUUUACACGAUGUCCAAAAUGCUUUUUAAAAAAACGUGUUUUUCAAAAGAGGACUUUUUUUUUCUACAAUUUGCAUCAUCUCCUGCUCUUCAUAAUGCAACUCGAACAUCAGUGCAUCAGAAUAGCAAACAAGCAUGUCCUUCUUCUCAGGUCAGGUGUAUCGUGCAAAAGAACAGCCCUCGUCUUGCCUCCAUCUUGGCCUCACCAUAGCAACCCCCCUCCUUUCCCCACACACACAGGUUCUUAAGCAGGCUUUUGGUUCUAUCCUUAGCCUCUUUCUCUCUCUCUCCACCCUCCUUCCCGUCUUCACCUCUCUCCUUAUUCCUCCUCCCUCAAUCCACCCCCUCCCCUCCCUAUGCGCCUGAUUACUGACUGCCAUUUUACCUUGAGAGCUGUAGAACCAGGGGCUCUCGGCUGCACAUCCAUAGCUUUAGAGAUAGCAACGCAGAUUCAAACAUUUGCUGACUCCUGGUCUGACUUGACUGGUCAGACUUGACUUGGAAUAGUCCUCUACGGUUUUCUCAGACCUCUUUGGACCAUGUUUCCUGAACAUGUGAGUAGUAUGUUUUAUAAAGAGGAAUUAAAAGGUAAAUUAGAGUUGUAGUUCAAGUGCUAAAACUCUUGCAACCUGUGUGUUUUAUCUGAUUAGGCUGCUGUUGAAUAUGAGCAUUGAAGAACUGCAUGUAUACUUUUAGGACUCAGCUUAGAGUUUAAUUGAAAGAUAACUUCUUAACCUUUCUAAUUUAAUCAUGAAUUUAAUCUAAAGCUACAAGCUGUAAAUUCUCUUUAGCAUCUGUUUAUUUUAAAAUAAAACACCCUCUCUUCUUUUGCUCUCUAACAAUGCCAAACAUCUUCAACAAGUCUAUUUAAACCCAGUCAAAAUGAGCUUCAGGAACUAUUUCUUCGUGCUUCUUCAUCUUGGAGACUAACAGUUGGUGACCAUGGCCUGUCUUGAACUUGUGUUUUAAUAUUUGGUAAAUUUGUUUCAAAUUUGUUGCAAACGUUAUAAAAUACAGGGCUGGUAUUUUAAGAGUAAAGUUGUGAAGAGAGACAGAGCUAAAUGGAUUAGGAGGCAGAGUGUCACGUUGGGGGUGUCUACAGCCAACAGCAGUGAUUUGGCCCCCUGUCUGUACUCAUGGGGCUUAAAAGCCCGCUAAGCCUGCUUUUUGUAACUUUUAUUUAAAGUCUGCAAAAAGAAAAAAGUUCUAAAUCAACAGUAUUCUCCUGCUAAAAAUAGCUGAACCGAGAACUGUUGAAGUAUCGUUUAUUCAGUUUUGGUGCAGCUCUUCUGAGGGAUUUUUGGUGUUGUUGCAAGGUUCAACGAGUUGUGCAUAUUUUGAUUAUAAAGUUGAGACCUAAUAAAUGAAAAAAUAUUAAAAUAAAUAAUAAAUAAUUCAGACUGGAUCAUUCAGACUGGAUGUUGAAAGAAGGGUAGGAAGUGUGGUCUCUGUCCUGCAGGAUUUUGCAUGAAAUUGAAUUAUUGCAUUUAUUUAAAUAAAUUUAUUUGUAAUGAUUAAUAAUUUAUUUAAUUAUCUAUUUAUUUAUAUAUAAUAUAAUUUUUAUUUAUUUAAAUCCUAUUGAAUUUCCUCUGAGGGAUUAAUAAAGUUCUUCUUAUUCUUAUUUCUCUCUAUAUAUAGCCAAGUGGGUGAAGCUCUGUUUUUAUCAUAACAAUACAAAUCCAUAAAGCUGUAUUUGAUCCCGCUAACCCCCAUCCAAUAGCAGCAAUUGACUCUUUAACAUGAGUCUGAUCCUGCUCAAGGUUUCUGCCUGUUAAAGGAAGUUUUUCCUCUCCACUGUAAGUCGCUAAAUGCUGCAAAGUGCUUCCCUAGUUUGAUUUGGAGGUGGUUGUGCUGCGAAUGCCUCUCCUCCUGCUGUUGCGGUGACAUUUGCAACAUGCUUACGUGUAAAGUAGUCCUGUUAGUAAAUGUCCUGUCCUGAAUCCUCUGUCAAACACCCCCGAUUAUAAGUAGUGACCUCAUGAGUGUGAUUAGAGAGCGCUUCAACCGAAAAGAAAAUGGAAAUAUAACCCAUCAAAAGCAUGGUAGUUUAAUCAAAUUCCUGUCCAUCUAAAGAGAAAUGCACUUCACUGCAUUCACUACCCAAAGUAUCAUCUGUGUAUUUGUAGAGCUGAUGAUACCGUUCACAAAUCAAAGUGGGUGAAAUUAGGUGAAAUUUCCCAGCAGACCUCUGUGUGCUCAAAUAUUUGCAGGUCAAGCCCCCAGCAAGGAAGAGGUGUGAUUAAACUCUGUAAAACCGUGUCACCCUUCUAUCUCUCUCAGGUUUGUGUGAGAUUGCAGUAUGCAUUCAGUCCAGACCGGGAUGUGGGAUCCCCAGCCCCCGUCUAAACAUGCCUCCCCAAUCCCCCCACAACCGCCCUCCAAUCCACACCGCCCCCAUGUGAUCACCGACACCCCGGCAAAGCGGAUCACGUUCUACAAAAGCGGGGACAGCCAGUUUGGGGGCGUCAGGAUGGCAGUCCACAAGCGGAGUUUCAAAUGCUUUGAUGCUCUGCUGGAUGACCUUUCCCAAAAGGUCAGUCUGACUCAGUCUCAGAUUUAUCAUCCAAAUAUGUCUCAUGAAGCUGACUGGGUCGGUGUAGCUGCACUGCUCUUUAUCUCUCAACACAGAUUUGUUUUCAGGGUUUUUGUUGUCCUAGAAGAGUGAAAAACUGUGAUUUUAUAGCUCGGGAAAAUAUUGUUUAGAUUUGACUAUAUAUGUUUUUUGCCUAUCAUAAAAUUUGAUGACACAGUUUUGUAUCCACACACAGGUGCCUCUUCCAUUCGGAGUGCGAACUGUGACCACUCCACGCGGCACUCACACCAUCAAACACCUAGAGCAGCUCCAGGACGGCGGCUGCUACCUCUGCUCUGACCGGCGCCAGACGAAACCGAUCAACAUGGAACUGGCCAGGAAACAUCCAGGCAUCUGGUACCAUGAUACCAGGAGACCACAUCGGCCAGAAACCUCAUCCUCUACACCAACUGGACAUUGGCCCUUCAGGCAGCGUCGGAUCCUACUGGUGAAAAAUAGUGAGCCGGGGAUAAGGAGAAGUAUAGUGCUUAGCAGGAGGUCAAUGAGGAGCCUGAGGGCCUUUCUUGAAGAGGUGUCAGAGGUCAUGCAGUUUCACGUUCGCAAGCUCUACACUGUAGAGGGACGCAGGGUAAGCAUUGGAUUCUUGACAAAGGCGUAGACAUGUUCUGUGCCUUUUUGUAUUAGAAACUCCUGACCUGAUUAUCUGUUUCUAGAUUGACAGCGUGCAAAGCUUGAUGACCUGUUCUGGGGUGUUGGUGUGUGUCGGCCGAGAGGCCUUCAGCCCAAUGCUGGCGAACUUUAUCAGGAAGAGCUCAGAGGAAAGACUGCCCGGUCUGAGCAGCAGGUCUCCUGGUCUUGGCCCUAGGACCCCUGGUAAUGGGGCCAGAUCUCCUGGUGCUCAAGGGGUAAGAUCCCCACCUCAUGGUGCUCAGUCCAGAGCCAGCGAGUACAGUGAAGUGCAUGAAAGCAGGAAAAACGGUAGGUGUAUAUCAGGAAAGACCUAAUAUUGUGCAUUCCUGGUUCAUAGGCAUGUGUUAUUAGAUUUAUAGCAUCCUUUCGUUAAAUACCCUGUAGGUUUAGGGUGAGUCCAUCCAUUACAACAGUAAUUAACAAGGUUUUAAUGGAGAAUUUUGACAUUAACAUAUGGUUAUCCUUCUCUCUUUUCAGUUAACUUUGGUCUGGAAACGAAGAAAAGCAUCAUUCACCCUCGCUCGGAUUCCUCAAACCGCUCCACCCGUUUCUCCCUGUCUUCAGACAAGUCAUACGGCAACGGUGUUAGUGCCUACUCUCAGGCCAAACCAGCUAUCAUGAAUGAAGACAUUGAGAAGCGUGUCCUGGUCAACAAAGACGGCAGCCUCUCAGUUGAAAUGAGGGUGCGAUUCCGCCUGCACCACGAUGAAACCCUCCAGUGGUCUACACAGAUUAAAAAAUCCCCAUCUCUGACGAAUGAAUGUUGCCCACUGAGCCAGGCUCAGCCUCAUUACUUGCAGCAGGGUCAGUCAGAGAGCUGCUCUGAUCCUGAUUCGACAUCCUACGAACAAGAGGGUGGUCACUGCCCCGGCCAAAUCCUGCAGCAUGCACGUGAUUUAAAUAGCUGCCCUUGCUGCUAUCAGAGAGCAGAGCAGCAGUAUGAUUUCUGGGAAAACCCGCUUCACAGCUGCAGUAAACCUCCAGUUCCACCACCCCAUACUCACAGCCACACCCACACUAUGAUGAGACAUACACACUCCUCCAGCUCUUCUUCAUCAUGCAACUCUCGCAGGGUGGUGCGCUGUCGAGCACGACUCUCAAACUGCUCCGGUUCAGAGCAAAAACAACUGGUCCAGGAGGAAAUGUGUGUGACGGAGCAGGUAGAGCGCAUGGUAGAGGUGGAGCAGGAUGGAGAGACUCAUGUGGAGGUCUGCAAGGUGAGCCGAUGCUCCAGCCGUAGUGAAGUCGUUGCCAUGGAAAGCAACCUACAGCCACAUGGUAGAGUGGAGGAGGACGUUAUGAUGGAGGUUGCAGAGGAACGGCCGCUGUCUGCAGUGAGCAGCUCCUCACGUGUUUUGCAACUCCUAAAAGAGGAUCAAGAUGAUGAGCACCCUACUGGGCAUGGGGAUGAGACCGAAAAUGUAAGCCGGGCAGUAUCUGCGGCCUCCUCCUGUCACUGUGGUGAAGCUGCUGGAGAUUCAACAAACGAAGCAGAAGAAGGGGAUCGAGCCCCCAGCUCCAAGCCGAUAAUCAGCAGAGCUUCUUGUAGAUCCAACAAAUCAAAGAUCCAGAAAUCAGAGGACAACGGAACUGCAGAUGAUGAGGACGAAGAGACAAAGAGAGUUAUGAGUAGCUUGUCUGACCACAGAGGACUUUCAGCAGGUUCUCUGCACUCAAGAGCUUCCAGUGUUUGUCCUAACUGUGGCGGGUGCAAACAAGGAAGUGCUUCUGCGUCCCCAAAGCCCGCUACACCUCUGUCUAGACAAGGUGUUGGCAGUGAAAACGAUGGUUCAGAUGUUUCAGUCAUCUCAACUCAAUCGAACAAAUCCAACCUCACCAACCACGGGCGUAUCUCCGCAACUUCACAUAACCUUGAGGACAUCGCAUCCGAGAGCGUGUCCAGAAUGUCCAAUCAUGAGACAGCAGAGAAUGAGCAAGAGAGAGCUUCCAACACUGGGUCAGUCGCAAGCCAUAGGUCAAAUAAAUCUCACAAGUCAUGUUGUAAGGAGAGCAAUGGUGCUACAGCAGAUAAUGAUGGAGAUAGGAGCCCCAGUGCCAUGUCUGCCAGGUCCAACAAGUCUGAUGUGAAGGCGAAAGAGGUAUCAGAGGGGGAUGAUGCCAUAGAGAGAGCACUGAGCGCCUUGUCAGCCAAAUCAGGUGCUUCAUCAAAGACCACUUCUUCAGUCAAGCCAAAUGUAGCUGCUGAAGAAGAUAACUCUAGAACUCAUAGUGCCCUUUCUGUAAAGUCCAAUACUUCUGCCAAUCCUGACCCGGUAGACAGAAAUGAUAGUGUUCUGUCUGCUAAAUCAAACGUUUCAGUCAAGUCUGGCACAUCUCAGCGGUCUAAAUGUAGUCACUGUGCGAGAGCAGAUAAACCGGGUAUCAAAAUAACAGGGCAGGAAGAAGAAAUGGAGACAGAGGAGAGAGCAGGGAGUACUGUAUCAGCUCAGUCUAAUCUGACCGCCAAGUCCAAGAAAUCCCACAAGUCCAAAGCUUCUGAAAGGUCACCUUCUCCCAGAUCUGAUACUGUAGGAGAUGAAGAAAAAAGGUCUGCCAGUAAAAUGUCGAGCAGAUCUGUUAAAUCUAACACGUCACUUAAGUCGACAAAGUCGUGCAAGCCUAAUGAUAAUACAGAAGAAGUCACAGCACCUCCUGAUGAAAAAGAAAAUGAGGAGACAGAGCAGAGGCCGGAGAGUGCAGUUUCCUCCAAAUCUCAUAAAUCCAAGGGCGAUGAAAACACAGGGGAAGGAUCUGAAAAAGGAGAAGAUGCAGAAGAUGGUGAAAAAGAGGAGGAACGGGCUGCCAGUGCUUUAUCCGGUAAAUCAGCGUCAGGGAAAUCACACACCUCAGCGAAGUCCUCAAAGUCUCAGAGGUCAAACAAAGAAGACGCAGAAGAUGGUGAAACAGAGGAGGAACGGGCUGCCAGUGCUUUAUCCGGUAAAUCGGCGUCAGGGAAAUCACACACCUCAGCGAAGUCCUCAAAGUCUCAGAGGUCGAACAAAACCACAGUGUCUCCAAAGCCAGAUGAAGUUGAGGAAAAUGAGGCUGAGGAGCGGGUGUCAAGUGCACUCUCAGUCAAGUCCAAAUCAUCAGUGAGGACCAGCGCCUCACACAAGUCAACCUCUAGCAAGAAUCUUAAAUUAGAGCCACCAAGCCCGAAUGUAGUCACCAUUCAAACUCCAGAAGAGGUUGAUGAGGAAGGACAAGAGAGAGCGCAGAGUGCUGCUUCCACUAAAUCCAUAAAAUCCAAUGUUUCCACGCAUAAGUUAGAUGGGACUGAUAUUGCUGUUGUUGAUGCUGCAGAUGAAGAACCUGAACCUCCAGCUGCAUCAUCCUGUAGCCCCCAAUCCUCUGUGCAGCAGCUGCUUCCAGGUCCUGGUGCCGGAGAGACCAGAGGGUCUAGUGCCUUGUCGGUUCGUUCCAAAACCUCCACUAAAUCUGGCAGAUCCAACUGUCGAUGCGGAGCAGCGUCAGCGAAAAAAGAAAAGGACAAAGAGGAGCUGAAAAGUGAUGGGGCCUCUGAAGCAGCGCAAAGUGUAAGGUCUUCCUCAACCAAGAGACAGGGAGGAGAAUCAGAAAACUCAGGAUCGGUCUCUCUUGGAUUGCCGGAAGACCAAGAAACAGCUGAUUCAGACAGCGGCAAAUCCACAGUUUCUUUCCACGUCAACACAGAGAGAAAAAGCAAAGUGAAGACAAAAAGUCCUGAAAACACAGAGCAGUCUUCAGGGAAGGACAGUGUGUUCGGAACAGGGUCCACUCGGUCUAGAAAAUCUGAUACUAAAAGCAAAGUGUCUCACAAGACUCCUGCAGUUGAUAUCCCAACCAUUGAAACACCAGAAGGGGUUGAGGAUCAAGGUGAAGCAGGUAGCAUGAAGUCUGCUUCAACAACGAAAGCUGGCAAUGUGAACGCCCCCAGGACCCCAACUGCAAUGUCAUCAGCGAGUGUUAAAAGUCGCAACAAAUCUCCUUCAAGUGCCAGCGUUAAAAAUGCCAAUGAUGCAAAAAGUAAAGUUUCAGACUCAGGGAGAAGUGACACUGAAAAUCCUGCAGAGAGUAGCUCGGCUAGCAAGACUGAAGGACUAGAAGAUACAGCAGACAACAGGAACGCCUCAGUCCACUCCAAGAGUCCAUGCUGUCUGAGGCCUGAGUCUGCAGCUUCGGCCCACUCUGGGUCAAAACUUAAAGUCUCAAAGGACGGUAAAGGAGAGGAUUCAGUCAAACUAGAAUCUGUCAAAAGAAAGCCCCUAAGGAAAGACUCACCUGUCAAGUCCUCGAGUCCCUGUCCCGUACACAGCUCCAAACCAUGCAGCAAAGAGGAGGCGUGCAGUGAGAGCACUCUGUCUCACUCACUGUCUGCUGCUGACCUCCUGAAGGAAACCAUGUCUGCUGCACGUCCACUUAGCCGACAGUCAAAGGCCAGCAAAACCAGCGACAAGACCAAGAGCGACAAAAGUGGAAGAUGCCAGAGAAGUAGGAACCAGAGAGACCAAAUGGAGACACCGGAACUGACACCUUCUUGUCUGCCCAAUGCCUCCCCGAAUGAGGUUGUGAGCGAGUGGCUCCGGAGUAUUCCCACUGACAGCAACAUGCUCCCACUUGGAGACGAGCUAAAUGAGGGAGAAGAUCUAUUAGAGAAGUCAGAGGUUGAGAAACCCGCAGAAGAAAUAUCAAAGGAAGAGGAGAGCCCUGAAGAUGAGAAAGUGGUGGAGGAGGAGAAUGAGGAGGCUAAAGAUGAAGUAGAAGAAAAAGAGGAGGAGGGUGAAUGUGCUGCAACAGAGGAGAAGGAUUCAGAUCAACCUCAGGUUGAUGCAGAAGAGGACUCUUCUCCACCCAACCCUCAAGUCUUGGGUACUGAGUCUCUUCCCAAGAACUGGCAAUCUUCAGCCACAGUGAUGAAAGUUCUUCUGAGCUCUUCUCUUGGUCGAUGUCGGAGUAUGCCUGAGGUAGGCCAAUGCUGGUUGACAUGGUUACUACAGUGUUUAAGAGUCAGAUCUUUAUAGGUUGUGUUUUAUGAAACUAUCUGUCUUCUCUUCUGUCUUCGUAGGUGUCUCCAGUUUAUGGUCGUCGGCUGAGCACAUCAGCUAGGGGACUCUUGGACUGUUUGGCCCAGCUUCAGCUCAUCGAGCCCGCGGUCAGCCUUGAGCGGCAGAAGCACAACCAGCCUUAUGAAGACAUCAUGGCGAUCCUUCAGUCUCUCUGGCUUGCCGAACCAGAGAACAUCCAAGGAAAGGACUCUGGCACAGAGCAGAUAAGUCCACCAAGGUCCUCAUCUGGUGUUGAUAUGAGCAGUGGUUCUGGUGGAUCAGGGAAGGAAAAUGAAAACCACUGUGAAGAUGAAACAAAUAAUACCAAAACUGAAGAGAAAGGAUCCUUGCAUGAAGAUGAGGAAGUGGACAAGGUUGAAGAUGUUGAAAAUGAAGAAAACAAGGAGACUGAGGCAGAGCCAGAAGAGGAAACCACAGAGCAACACCAGAUAGAUGUGGACGAAGCAGAAGAACCAGUAAAAAGUGAAGAGCAAGAUCUGGUUCCUCCAAGUCAAGACAACCCAAAAGCCACUGAGAAUCCCUCAUCAUCCGACAAGAGCUCUGCAAACAGCAGCUCCAAAUCUCGCAAUGAUAAUGACCAGGAGACGCUGGAGGACUCCUGCUCGAGCACACCCCCGACUGUUGUGCAUGCACCUUUGUCAAAAAAACUAUCCCAAGACCCUGAUCCAGUGUGGAUCCUGCACUUACUAAAGAAGCUGGAGAAACAGUUCAUGAACCACUACAUCACAGCGAUGUCAGAGUUCAAAGUCCGCUGGGACCUGGAUGACAGCCACAUCCUGGACACCAUGAUCUCUGAGCUGAGGGAAGAGGUGAGCAGACGCAUUCAGCGCAGCAUCGAACGGGAAAUGCAGAAGAUCCAGGGUCGGGCCGGCAGAGGGGGGAGGUCGCCUCGGCCGCCGCUGGGACAGAACCUUUCCAGGGAGUCCACGAUGACGGAGAAAAGGCGCCGGAUUUUGAAGGUAAUGCAGCCUUAAAUCUUUAUCAUCUCAUUGGGAGUUGAAGGCAGAAAAUAAUGUUGGAUUCAUUUUUUUAGGUCAUGAAGAAUCAGUCAGUGAAGACUGAUUCACUCAGCGAUGGAGAAAACACCGCCGACUUCAGCGACCAGCGGAGUGAUGAUGAAUACUGCCCCUGUGAUGCGUGCGUUCGCAAGAAAAUGGCCGCCCGGCCUCUCAGAACAAACCCGAACGCAGCUGAAGCCCCGGUCAUGAUGGAGUUUGACCUCCUCAAGAUACUGCAGCUCAAGAAAAGCCCGUCUCCAACACAUGCAGCUCCGCCACAAGCUGAGGCGGUUGAAGAAAAAGAGGAGGAGGAGAAGAAUUUAGAGGUAGUUGAUGAAGAAGAGGAGGAGGAGGAGCAGGGGGAGGAAGGGGAGGUAGACGAGGAGGAGGAAGAGGGGGAGGAGGAGACUAAAGAGGAUAUCAUACCUGAUGUUGUUUUAGAGGAGACAAUCCCAGAAGAAGAUGAGGAAAUAGGAGAGGAAGAAGAAGUGCUAGAGGCAAUAGAAGAGGAGGAGGUAGAGGCUGAAAAUGAGGAAAAUGGUGAAGGUGACGAGGUGCAGGAACAAGAGGAAGGAGGUGGUGAGGAGGGGAGGGAAGGGGAGACCUCAGAAAAUGGAGAUGUAGAGGAAGAGGAGGGAGAAUGUCAAUGCCAGUGUGCAACCAAUGAAGAGGAGGGUGACCAAACCGAGGGAGAGGAGGCAACAGCAGAGAGUGGGGAUGUUGAAGAGACUGGAGACAACACAGGUGAGGAUGGUGAGGAGAAAACUGGGGAUGAAGAGGAGAAAACUGGGGAUGAAGAGGGAGAUGGUGCAGGGGAGGAGGGGGAGACAUCAGGCAAUGAGGAAGGGACAGCAGCAGAGGAGGAGGUGGAGACAGGGACCGGUGAGGAAGAAGAGGUAGAAGGAGAGACCACUGAAAACGGUGAAGGCGAGAAAGAGGAGGGUGAAGUAUCCGACUCAAAGCCAGAAGAUGAAGAAGGAGAAACAACAGGAAAGGACAGUGGAGAAGAACCAUCCGGGGAAACGGGGGACGACAGUGACGCAAAAGAGGCAUCGAAUGAAGAAUCCAAACAGGAGGAGGAGGAAGAGGAGGAAGGAAAUGACAGCGCAUCAGCAGAGGCAGGAGAUGAUGAAGAAGAUGGAGAUGAUGGCACGAAAGAAGAGGAGUCACAUGAAGACGACAAGGGAGAGGAGAGUGGAGAGAAGAAAGCAGAGGCCUCAGAGGAGGAAACAGCAUCACCACAGGUAGGAUGAGUCAUAUGUGCAAAAAAGAUAAACUCAUUUUGGUUUCACUGCAUGUUGCACUGCAUGACGUCCAUAUAGGAGCUUUAAUAGCAUGCAACGUUAUUAACUGGAGUGUGGAAGAUAACGUUGAGAUGACUGAACGAGAGACUGUUUUGCUAUGUAGUUAUGCCAACUGGUUUUGGCUCCCACUAUAUUUAAACACGGCUGAGUUUCUGAACAUACACCACGGUUGAAACCUUCUGUACCUUAAAGAGGAAUCUGACCUACUGCAGCCUCGCCACUAAUUCUAAGCUUAUGGAGAAAGAUAAUCCGACUAUCCAAUUAGACAGACUGAACAAAUGCUCUGUUAUGUCAAGCAGCAACACCCGGCCUCCUCUGACAGUAGUGGGAACCGUCUUUUUAACCAUUUUCAUACGCGCCUUUUCUUAAAGCGAAGCUGAUAUUUAAAUACCCCCCUGGUGUUGUCUGCUGUUUUGUUGCUACCAUUUAGCUGUAAUUGCUGAUUCUUAAUUACCCCCAGCAGAACCUCGUUCAGCUAAUUACAACCGCUCAAGGAUAAUUUACUUUAUUGUUUAACCCUCAGGGCCAAGGUGUGACUGAGGGGGAGGAGGCCGACGCAGAAGACUCCGACACUGACGCAAAACGUCCAAGUGACACUAGUGUGGAUGAAUCGGCACGUGAGGAGGCCGGAGGCUCAGAAGAGAAAGAGGAAGAGGAUAAAGAGGAGGGAGUGGAAAAAGAGGAGGUAAAGGUGAUCAGACAUAAAAAAGAGGAUCUCCUCCAGCAGUUCACAAGGACCUCUGUGGAGUCUCAACCAGGCUCGUUAGAGGAUAUCGACACAGAUUCCCCCAGAAACCCGGUUCAGACUAUAAAAGUGCCCAAAACGACUGCAGCGGAGUCGAGUGGCGGUGGCUCAGGCAACCGGAGGAGCCGGUCUCCAGCCAGAGUGAAACGCCGUAAACCCAAGAUGAGUGAUGUUGAACUGGAGGACUUUUAA